UUCGUUGUCCAUGCCUAACUGAAGUUGUUUGGUUUGUUGCCGCUCAGCAAAGUGUGAUCGUUGUGAGACACUUGACACUAUAACAUACGUUAAUAUUAUAAUAAAAUGGUAAAUAGUAUCGUUCUGUUAGUAAUCACGGUUUAGUCAUUGAAAAAUGAGGAAAAGUAAGAUGUAAGGUGACGCGAAAGUGUGAAUUGUGUGAUAAUAACUUGUGUUUUCAACAGUUUUUAACUUGCUUCUUUGGAAUUUGUGUCUGCAAAUCCUUCUGAAUGCAGUUGAGUAUGUCAUAUCUAAAUUCGAAUUCAAAUAUUAAGGAAACUAGUGAAAAUGGCUAUUCUUGGUAUGAGUGUAACUGCUGUCCCUAUGGCUACCAUAUCGACUUGGAUUUCGUUCGUUAUUGUGAAUCCAUCAGUAAGGAAGCCGAUAAUCGAACCGGCUCCAUUAAAAGAAGAAAAGAUAGAAGAAAACAACGACAUUCUAUGGAAGUGCUAUUGGGACUUACAGCCCCCUUAAUCACUUCAUCUGAGCACACCUAUACAACAAUACAGGAGCAAAACUCUUUGUCGCCGGUGUCAACAAAAACUACAAGAAAUAAAUUUCCGUUUAAAACCGAUGGGUUCGAUGAUGCUGUUUCCGAUUUUGAAAGAACACUUCAAAGGUCUAAAAACAAAUUGUCUAAUAACUUGCCAGAUGUUACUGCCGUCUCAGUUUCCGGUCCGACCAUGACUGUUUUACCUUCAGCCCAUGAUGGGACUGCGAGGCACGAUUUCGAUACUGUGACCAUUGAAUCAUGCGGAAUGAGCCCUUUAGCCUUGCAGAAGAUACGAGAACAAAUGGCCUUGAGUCUCGAGAGAACUAAACAAUUAGAAGAUCAAGUUAAAUUAGUUCCAGACCUUAAGGUGCAAGUGUACCUUCUUAAAGAAGAAAAUCGUCGACUCCUCUGCCAAAUCAGGUCGGAUGAAGACAAAAAACUAGAUACUAUUAAUGGACAUUAUAGUCGACAGUACAACCGACAAAGAUCUCACUCCUUCACAGAAGUAAAUAAUUGUGAAACUUCAAUGAAAAAAGAAUCUUCACCUCCUCCGCCGCCGCCACGAAAAGAUUUUGGAGUAAUGUGUGGCGUAUUAACCAGAAAUAUUGGAGUUGGGAAUCAAAUUCCAAAUACAAAAAGUGUUUCAACGGCAACGCCAGAAAAUGAUUUUGCAGAUAAAUGGCUACACGAAAAGGUUAAAUUCAUGAAAAAUCAAAGCUUAUUACAAGCUACUACUAGCAACAAAGAAACUCAAACUUUGGUUCCUAAAGGAAGCAGAGACAUUGGCACACAGUUCCAGUUUCAGAAAAUUGUUACACCCAAAUUCAGUACAUAUACACAAACAUUAGACACUAACAAACAUUUAGUUGAAAGAGGAGUUUUAGCAAAAGCUAAGCUGUCUGAUGUUUCAAUUCAAAAAUAUGUAGAAUGUUACUCAAUAGGAAGUUCAGACGAUACUAUUAACGACACUAUUUGCGACAAAUGUAACAAAUUGAAAAGAUCAGUAGCUGUAGGUCCUCAGAACCAUGAAGAUAGCCAUACGUCUCCAAUAUCAUUAGCAUCACUUACAUCAAGAAGUAAAUCUUUCAAUAUGGGAGAUGAUAGACUCAACUUUACUGCCAGAACUCGAACGAUAGCAUCACAAUAUGAAUCAACUAAUAUUAAUAUAUCAUGUCAGGCGGACCUUCAAAAACCGUCUUCGACUAAAAUAUGCCAAAUUCAACCGAAAAUGGUGGAUAAAAAUACACAAUACGAGAAAUUCACAGUUUCCAGACUCACGGAUACUAAAGAUCUAACGGUGGUAAAGAAUGUUAGUUGUGAGGCAAAAGAAGAAAAAUUAGAAACUGUUAACACUGGCUGCAAUACUGUUGCAGAUCUAACAAUUUGCAUAAAGUGUGACAGAGAAAAAGAGAAUCUCAAAAAAGACGGAGGUAGUCCAACACCAUCUAGAAUACCGCGCCCUCAAAUUCCCACGACACCUGUAGAAAAUAGAAAGUUUAGAAGGCAAGAUACUUAUACCAAAGUGUAUUCGCCCACCGAUAAAACAUCAAGAUUAUCUGGAUUAGAUUUAUCCCCAAAAGUUAUUUCAAACGAUACGAAUCCUUUAGAUAAAGUCAAAACCAACCUCAAACUCGGAGAUACAGUCUCACAUGCUCAAAAUGGUGUCAAUUCUUUGACUUCUAUAACUAAAGUUCAAGUUCAAGAGAUUACACUGCCCACUUCAGUAUCAACUAUUUAUCAACCCAUUGCACAUAAUCAUAACAGAAAAAAAACUGUGCCAAGUAAAGAAAUGCAAGGUGCGAUGAAAGUCUUAAAUGACGCUCUAAUGAAAACACCUUCUAAAAAUCUCAAAAAUCCCACCGCAGUUGACAUAGUUCAAACAGAAUGGUUUAAAGUUUCUAGUUUAGUUACCGCUAACCCGUUAGAUGUAGAAGAUUAUCUUGAUGCUCUAGAAGAUAUGUCAAGUUUAUUAUUAGAAUAUGUAGUCAAUAUGAGUGAUUCCAGUGGCAAUACCGCAAUGCACUAUGCAGUCUCCCAUGGAAACUUUGAUGUAGUGUCUAUUUUAUUAGAUUCUAAAGUAUGUGAUAUCAAUAAACAGAAUAAAGCGGGAUAUACGAGUGUUAUGUUAGUCUCUUUAGCAGAAGUUAGAUCACAGACCCAUGCCAAUGUCGUUAGAAGACUUUUCCAAUUAGCUGAUGUGAACAUUAGAGCAAAACAGCAUGGGCAAACAGCUCUAAUGUUAGCAGUCAGCCAUGGACGAUUAGAUAUGGUGAGAAUGUUAUUAGAAGCAGGUGCUGACAUAAAUAUACAAGAUGAAGAUGGAAGUACUGCCUUAAUGUGUGCCGCUGAACAUGGUCAUAUAGAAAUUAUUAAACACUUUUUAUGUCAACCAGAUUGUGAUUCUACUAUUACAGAUGUGGACGGCAGUACAGCUCUAAAAAUAGCUAUGGAAGCUGGUCAUCGACAUAUAGGAGUGCUUCUUUAUGCCCAUGAAAGAAACCUUCAAAAAAUGCAUAAUGCUAAGCUUAAGAAGGCUAAAUCCAUCAGUAGUCCAAAAACCCCUUCUUCGCCAUUGGCUGUCAGGAGCAGUCAGCGUGCCUUAUCUGAUAUGAAACCUAAAUAGUUGUAAUCCUUUGUUAAAUGUGUUCUAGAAUUUAUUCGAAAUUAAUAUGCGUGUUUUACUCUCUGUUAAAUGUUGUAGUAUAUGUAUUGUAAAACUUUGCUGACUUUCCUUGUCUUUGGUUAUUGGUAUGAUUGAUAACUUACUGACAAUUACAUGAGUUUUUAAUGCAUUCCUGGUAUAUAUACUGCAUACACUAAAUUAUCAGAUUGGAUUUCGUUAUUAUUAUUUAACUAAUAACGACAACUGAAUUUUUUAGCCUGUGGCUUACAAAAUUUGUUCUUACACGUCAUUUAAUUGCACUUUUUAGAAUUUUUAUACAAUAACACUUCUAAUUAUUAGAAACUGAUGAAUAAGAAUUGGGUUACGAAUUGUUGAAACAGUUUUAAAAAAAGUCGGUAUUUGUGUACAAGUCAACGAAGUGUAGGUUCGAUUGAAUAGUUUUCUGUAGUUUUGUAUAAUAUGAGUGAGAAUACUGUACUAAUAUUAAAUUGAUUAAACCGUUGUUGAUACUUUAUAUUAAAUUUUAAAAUACGAGUUAUUGCCUUAUUGUUAUAUGGAUCAUAGGUAGGUGUGUAAAUGUUCAUACUUUGUAAUAAUAUUCAUGAAUAUGAGAUUAUAUUGUGUGUAUUGUUUUUUAAAUUAUUACUUUGCAACUCUAUGUAAUAGGCUCGAAUAAUAGAACAUAACUAAAGACAAAUAUUUGUAUAGUUAUAGAAAAGAAUUAGUUUCUUCCCUAAUUAAUGAAUUCUGUAUUUUUCUAUAUAUGUAUAUGUCACCGUAUGAUUGUGAACAUCGUUAGUUUAUAAUCACUCUCGCGAUAUUAUAAACUGACGAAUAAUUGUGAACUGCAACCAACCAUUUACAAUUUUACGUAUUAUUUCUCGAUAGUUUACAAUCUGUCAAUGUCGAAUCGUCAAAUUGCGAAAUAACAUGCAGGGUCCAUAAUAUAUCCGUCAAAUUAUGAACCAGCUCCGAUUGGUGGGACUUGGCAGUAACUCGUUCUGUAUCCAUGAAAUUAAGAAACAAACGUGAGAGGCAAGAAAAUAAAAUUCACAAUUAAUUGUGUGAUAUCAGGUAUUUACGUUUUAUGUUAUGUCCCGUGUAGUAGCAAAAUAAAAAAAUUAGCAGUAAAAAAUGUUCAUUUAUUGCAACAUGUCAGAGAACUAUGACAUCUGGAAUUAUAUAAAACGUUAGCUUUAUUACAACGACAUUUGCUAGACACACAUUGUCCUUUUUCAUUAUUUCUGCUAUUGCACUGUUUCAUGCCUUGUCCGCCGAAAGAAGAGGACAUUGAUGCGACAGUUCUUAACGGCAAUGUGACCUGAAAAAGUAGUAAAUGGGGUGUUUAGUUGAACAAUUAUUACUCAUUCUGUAGAAUUUUAACUUAAUUUGUGUUGAGUAAUAGUUAUUUAUACACCAAGUGAGGUAAAACACAGUUUAUUUACGAAAAGAAAGUUUUAAGCGCAUGAGUCCGUAGGGAGAAUGAGAUAAUUUCUUGUGAGUAAAUCAACUGUCUCAGUUGACGUGGUUUAUAUGUCAUAGUUUAAUGUGGCAAAAUUGUAUGAAAUAAAAAAUGAAGCAUAAUGAAACAUAAAGGUGUAAGUACUGAUGAUGACGAAGUGAUCAAUUUAUUUCAGCAAGUAAGGUUAUAAUUUAGUUGUAAUUUAUUAGACAGAGAAUGAAAUACAUUUCUAAGAACUAUUUUUAAGUGAUAUUAACUAGUUAAAUUAAUACUGACCUCUGGAAUAUCAUUAAGUAGUGUCGCUCUUGGAGAUGAAAGAACAGCAUUUCUUGGCAUCCAAUCUUUAAUGACUCCAAAAGCAGUGUCAACUCGGUAUAAUUCGUUUUUCUUCUCUAAAACUUUUCCAAUCAGCUUUUUUAUUAUAGUUUUCCAACAAUUUGAUCACAAUUUGUAUUUUUUCACUAGUCCACUACAACGUUUUACUAUUUGCACUGUGCCCUCUGUAAUAGGUUUGUAACUUGGUAAAUUGUUCUUCAUCCACAAUAACUGGUGAGUUUUGCGGAAGUACCGGUUCAAUUUCGGACAUUGUUAUAAUUGGAUAUAGCCUCACAAAUCACAAAUAAUAAUAUUGCACAAGUUUCUUAUACACUAAAAAUGUUACUUUAAAUAUGAAAACAGUGAAUCUAUUAUUUAAAACAUAUAAAUAUAUCUACUAUAUAAAACACUUAUUGAAAAUCACAAGAACAUUUGUUUGUUUACAUUCAGUGCCUAGAGAAUGACCGCCAAAGUUAGCGGCGCUAAACACUGCACGUUCAAGCAAUCAGCGAACAGUUCAAAAUUGUAAAUGGUUGGUUGCAGUUCACAACUAUUCGUCAGAUUAUAAUAUCGCGAGAGUGAUUAUAAACUAACGAUGUUUACAGUCAUACGGUGACAUAUAUUGUUUAUGAUGUGUUUUUGCUUUUGCAGAAAAUUUUCUUCAUUCUUUACAAUUUUUAUUAGGAGCUUCCAGUUUUCCGUGCUUGUACAAUUGUUAAUAAUUUAAUUAACGUUUUUUUUUAUCUGGCGAAUUUAAAAAAUGUGAAAGACUUCAGUGUAGUUUAUUCUAAUUUUUCGAAAAUAGUAAGAAGUAUUGUCUAAGCAAUUGACAUUAUAAACGAUGAAAUCAUAAAUAUUCUAGAUAGACACUAAUAAACUAAUAAAUGUUCAAAAUCAGCAAAGAUAUCUAAAACCAAGCACUUCAAAUUCUGUAUGUUCAACAUACAAAUAUCCUAAACUUUUUGAUGAUUUGUGAAAUAAUAAUUAUAAUGUUGAUAUUCAAAUACAUAUACUACUUUUGUUUCUUAAAAAUAUGCUAGAUUUCUUAGCUUCUUACAUUUAUUUUUAAUGUAUUUAACCGAGUUCAUAUGAGACUGUAGUAGAAAUAUCUAGAAUAUAUACAUCUUAUAUCUAUGUAGUGAAACUUUCUACUAUAUUCAUAUUAACUUACUAGUUUACAAUAAAAACUAGGAUAUUAUUGAAAAGUAAACCUCUUAACAAACAUCAUUCAGGCAAUUUCUAGCCUAAUGAGUGGCAAUGUAACAAAAUAAAAUUUUAAUAAUAAAAAUGAAUUUAUACUACCCCAUUGCAUAUUCGUAAGUUUUUAUUCAACCAGAGUAUAUGUUACGUUACUUGAUAUUCUAUAUAUCAAGUAUAUUCUUGGUUGUAACUAAGAUAUUGAUAGAGUUUACAUAUUGUCCCUAGAUUGUUCCAAAAUCAUAGAUUCAUGUUUCGAUUUAUAAAUUUAUAAUGAUUUACACCAUGAACUCAUCCUAGAAGGCUCAAUACUGUUUAAAAAAUAGAAAUAAAUGGCGGCACAAAAACACAAUAUCAACCCACUUCAACUAAAAAAAUGAAUGCUUAUAUAAAAUUACAUUUUGAAGUAAUGUUUCCUAACUGUUAUACACACAUAUUAUUUUUUUGAAGGAAUCAUAGUUCUAUGAAAGGCUUCAAAACAGUUGUUUUCUCUGUUUCAGGGAGGUUAUAGAUAUUUUCAGGCCUAAAAUUCCAUUUUCCACAAAAUUUUGAAGAAAUGUGUGAACCUUAGCUUUGGUGAAUCCUGUCGACGUUUUUGGCUUUCACGUUCACGAAUGUAAGUUACCAGGUUGUUUAUUGGUUAUCAAAUUUUGGAGAACCUUAGAAUUUGACAUUGUCGUGGCAAAUUCGUAUAUGAUAAAAAUUUAAAUUGGAGCAUUUUUUAUGUAGCAGCAAAGCUUGUUUUCUUCAUCGACAGUUAAUAUUUGUUUAUUCUUGACCUCGUUUCCAUAUUUAGUAAUUGCAGAAUCUUCUCCCGAGCUCUCAUUUCCGAAAUGCUCUAUGCUCAUUACUACUUCCAGACGAGUCUUUUAUUAAGUAAAAUCUUCACUCUGUUCGUUUUUUUUUGAUAACACACGCGGCAUAUAUAAUAAUAAAAAAAAUAAAAAUAACCCAUCGUUCUUCUGACCGAAUCUUACCUGUACGUAUAAAAUUAUCAAUGGCGACCAUAAAUAAAACAUGUUUUAGUUUCAAAACUUUAACAUUCCGAAAAUGUACAUUAAAUAUAUUAUUUUACGUCUAUCUAUUAUAUUAGGGAAAUAGGCAAAUUCGGAUUUAAAUAUCAAAAGUUGUGGGAGCAAAAUAAUUACUUUUUUGCGCCAAAAAUAAUAAUGAUUACCCAAAUUUACGGUAAAUUUGAAUAUAAAACGAACAUAACCUGCUGGCCAAAUCCUUCCAUUUCUUCACUAUAUAAAAGCAACUGAGGUUAUUAUUUUCAGAUAUCAUAUUCGAGGGCCAAAAUUAGAAUAGUACAACAAAACAAGAAAUUUUCCUGUGUAUGUAUUUACGUGUAUACAAGGAGGAUAUUAUUUCUAAUUAAACCUAUACAUUUUAUUUAUAUUUCAAAUAUAUUUUUUUAUAAACAAUUUUAUUUGUAAGUUAAAAAGUGGAAAUACCAAUAAAAUACAUUUAUCCUACUAUACUAUUGAAUUUGAUUACUUAUUAUCGAUGGAACUGUACAGGGAUCAUAAUUUUAUUUUUUUGUAAAUUGAACCGCUUUUUAACAUUCCAUAUACAGGGUACAUCCAAAAAAAGUCGAUGCUAAACAUGUGUUGUUGAAUAUGAAGUUUUGCAUAUUUUAUCUAUAAAAGUACACAUGUCAAGUAUUGGCGUGGAUAACCAGUAGAAUUGUAAAAAUGUAUUUACUUUAUAUUUCUACUUAACUUUAUAACGAAUUCCUUCUGAGAUUUAGUUGUUUUUACGAUUUCAAAUUUAAUAAUUUCACCUGGAUUAUAUCUACUAAUAUUAAAUAAAAAAUGUAAUUUGAAAAUAAAAGAUACUGAUAUUUAUUCUAA